AUGGCAAUACUGGGAUUCCACGUGGUGAUAUGCCUGGUGGCAAUCACUUUGAUAUCAAAAUUGGUGCGCCGCGCUAAUUUUAUCGAUAUUUUUGUGACGAAUGGACUCUAUCGAUUCUUGGCACCAUCGAAUCAAGAACUCAAAGCAUUGCUGCCACCGACUAAGGAGAAAAUGAAUCAGAGAAAUCGUCGGAAGAAGAGAGAAGACGAAGCCGCCGAAGGAUUCUCCCUACCAAAAUCCUCACCAUUCCAAUUGAACCUCUAUCCAGUCGACGUGAAAGAUCUCGUCCAAUUUGAAAUGUACACAUCACUUCAUUGGCUCUGCCUGUGUAUUCCUGUAUGCCUAUUCGUCUACACACUAUCAGAAGUCUACAACUACAUAAUGCCUGACAAUCGUGACUUCAACGUGUCAAUUGUGUUCAUGCUUGUUGUCAUUAUGUUUGUACUUCAAGUACUUACUGCACUCUCUUCGUAUUUGGUUUCAAGUGUCGAUGAACGAGGAUUCAUGAUUUCCAUUGGAUGUCUAUAUUUCUUGUUUUCGUUCAUUUUUGCAAUGAAUUCACAUCGCAUUUUUGAUAUUCAAAUGCUCGAAGCCUACGACAAAUUGAGUACAAAUAUUGCGGAUUUCGUGGAAAGCUCUGGACUCUUCGAUAACUCCACUGCAAAUAUUCGUGACUAUCGGCCAACGAAUCCAUUGAUGAUGUACAUCUCCCUAUCAGUAUUCUUCUCAAUGCUCUCCGCGAUGCUAGUUUUCCCAAAUUUCCGAUGUGCAAUUAUGUAUCUGAAGGCGUUGGAAAAUGAUGGAAGAAUUAAAAAAUCGCUGGAUCACGUCGCUUUUUUGUUGCCCGCAUUCAUUUUGGCAUCAUACUCAAAACCAUUGGUUUAUCAACUUGUUCAAGGACCCAGAAAAGUAAUGUCCCUGGACCAGCUGGAUAUUCUGCGUAUCUACAUGAUUAUUGGCUGGGUGCUCAGCAAGUUUUUGACACGUGUCUCACAUCUUCAAGCUCACCUGAAUUUGGCAUACGAUAAGGUUGCCGAAAUGAGAGCAGAAGCCGGAAAAGUCAAGAAUUACACGAUUCAGGCGAUGAUCUAUCGCUACUACCGUUACCUGUGUUGUGCAGCACUUCAAUACUUUGGUCCAGCAGUAUUAGCCCUCCUGUUCGCCCUUCUUCUCAAAACAACCGGAAAUCUGUCAUGGAUUGGAGCACCGACACCACAAUCAAAUACCGAAUUGAAUACACUCGCAUUGAGUGGACCGAUUCGUUUUGUAUUUGAUGCAUCGAUUUGUAGAGCAUUCUUCUCAUUUCUUCUUGUCGUUACUAUUUUGAUUAAUUUCACUCUUCAAUUGUUAGGUGUUGUAUAUCAUUCGUAUUUUGUUGGUAAUACCGGAACCAAUACUUCUAAUUAGGAUUAAGGUGUACACUACAAACUACAAUACAGAAUAUAUACUGUUAACAUGGAUUUUAAAUUAAAUAAGUCUUGAAAUUUUUUUAGUUGAAAAAACAAAAACUCUAUUGAUAGCUAUUGAACUAUUGAUAGCCUCAACAAAAUUUACUUGUAGUUUAUAGUGUAAUCCGGUAACCAGUUAGCAUAGUUUAUAGCAUCGUCUCCUUUUUCUUGUUAUUAUAUUCAUAAUAGAUUGCGUUCUUCUCUUUCUUUUUUUUUUGUAAUAAUUUUUUCUUUUCGAAUCUGAAAUUCUGCUCAAUUUCCACCAAAAUCAGCUCUUUCACAGCUUUAAAUUGCCUUAAAUUGUGUGUGUUUUUAAAAAUUUUUUUAAUUAAUUAAGAUUUUAUGUGU